AUGGCCGACCGCAACCUCGCCCAGAUCCUUGCUCAGCUGAAGCACUCUCCCUCGAUGAGCUACCCUGAGGCCAACGCCCUGCUCUCCAAGGCCAAGCUCGCUCUCCUCAAGCUCAACGCCCUCACCCCGGCGUCCGCGACCCCCGCCCACAUCCUCCCCCUCGCCCGAGAGACGUACGAGCAGGGUGCUCUCUUCGCCAUCCGCGCCCGCAACCCCCCCGACUUCACUCGCUACGUCCAGCAGCUCCAGCCCUUUUACGAGCUGCCCUCCAACAUCCUCACUCCCAACCUGCCUGAGCGUAACAAGGUCACUGGCCUGAGCUUGCUCCUGCUCCUCACCCAGGGUCGCUACGCCGAGUUCCACACCGAGCUCGAGAGCCUUGCCAAUCGGGAAGGUGGCGAUGUGGAUGUUGAGAAUGAUCGGUAUCUAGGCUACCCCAUUCGUCUCGAGAGGUGGUUGAUGGAGGGUAGCUACGAUCGGGUGUGGAAGGCCAUGAAGAGCAGCGAGGUCCCAUGCGACGAGUACAGCGUCUUCUCAGAGAUCCUUAAGAAUCAGAUCCGAUCUGAGAUUGCCAGCAGCAGCGAACGCGCAUAUCCCAGCUUACCCAUCAGCUCCACAAAGUCCCUGCUCUUCCUUGACUCCGAGGGCGACGUCAUCUCCUUUGCCCACCACCGGGGUUGGAUCGUCCGAGACGGCCAGAUCUUCUUCCCCGACACCACCGAUGUCGGCGAGGACGGUACCCAGACCAAGGAAAUGAGCCAGAUGGUGAUAGAGAACGCCUUGGGAUACGCCCGCGAGUUGGAGACAAUUGUGUAG